ACAAAGAACCAAUUUUGCAGUUUGUUUUGAACUAUAUCUAUUCUCAACCAACAACGGCAGUUUCAUUCCCAAACAGUCACACAGUACUUAACCAUCAAUUUCCAUUUUCAAUUCAUUUCUCUUUCUCUUUCAAUUCAACGUUCUUUCAGUACCAGGCAGAGAAUACCUUUGAAGGAAGCAAGAGAGUCUUGUUGUGGAUUCCAUGCCCAUCAUGAAAAAGAAUUCCGAGCAGAAUCGUUUUGAAGCUGUAUUUACCAAGCUGAUGAACAAUCUUGGUGAAACUGUUGACUUUGAACUUCCAGAUUCGAUUAAAAACAGGACAACGCAGUACACCCAUAUAAAGCGCAAUGUAUAUGUCACUAAGAACCGCAAGAGAAAGAGUGAUGAUGGUAUAUUCUGUUCUUGCGAAUCGUCAUCUGAUUCUACUGCUGUAUGUGGUAGAGAUUGCCACUGUGGGAUGCUUCUGUCUAGCUGUUCUUCAGGCUGCAAAUGUGGGAUCUCAUGUCUCAACAAAGCUUUUCAGCACCGUCCUGUUAAAAAGAUGAAAUUAGUCAAGACUGAGAAAUGUGGAUCUGGAAUUGUGGCAGAUGAAGAUAUAAAGCUUGGGGAGUUUGUAAUUGAAUAUGUCGGAGAAGUUAUCGAUGAUAAAACAUGCGAACAGAGGCUUUGGAAUAUGAAAGAUCGCGGGGAAACAAACUUCUACUUAUGCGAAAUCAAUCGAGAUAUGGUGAUAGAUGCGACAAAUAAAGGAAACAAGUCAAGAUACAUCAACCAUAGUUGCUGCCCGAAUACUGAGAUGCAGAAAUGGAUAAUAGAUGGUGAAACUAGAAUCGGCAUAUUUGCAAGUCGUGAUAUAAAGAAGGGAGAACAUCUGACUUACGACUACCAGUUUGUUCAAUUUGGUGCAGAUCAAGAUUGCCACUGUGGUGCUGUUCAGUGUAGGCGUAAGCUGGGUGCGCGACCUACCAAGCCUAAGUUAGUGGCAUAUCAGACUAAUUGUGGGUUGCUUUCGUCUGGACAGGUUUAUCAGAAUGGAGGCCUGCAAACUGGUAGUUCUCGGGUUGUUGACCAUUCAAAAUGCUUACUCAAUUGCAUCGAUGAAGUUAUUAUGAUAAAACAACUUGGAAAUCUGAGAUUUGGGAUUAUUAAAUGGUUCGAUGAAUAUUCUCGAAAACACAAGAUCAUGUUUGAGGAUGGUUGUGUUGAAAUCUAUGACAUGUCAAAAGAAGAUUGGGAACUAGUGAGAUUGUGAUGCAACUCUUAAGCAGGAAUCACUUCCAUAGGUGCAGGUGAAGGAAGUGAAAAUUGGAGACAAUAUUCUUUCAUUGCAUGUGCAUAAUUCUUGUACUAUCAAACAAAAUAUGAAGAGGGAUACAUCAACACAAGUCAUAUUUGAUUGAAAUAUGAAAGUGGUAAUAAUUUUUUUUUCUUUCUUUUCUUCCAAGUUAAGUGUCCUGGAAGAAACCCUUGUAUUCUAUGCAAAUCCUGAUUGUACUGUAAAGUGAGGACUCAUGUUGCUCCAUUUACAGGGAUUUUGCAAUUGUUGUAUCAAUUCAAGUGUAUUUUUUUUAUUUUUUAGACCAUUUUUUAGCAUAAGGAACUCAUAAUUUAGUGAUGAAUUAGGGAGAGAAAAACCUGAAAUUUUUGUUUAAUGCAUUACUCUUGUUCAAUACAUGGAGGUUUGUAUCCAAUAAAGUUGGAGUUUCUCUGCUGGAUUA